CGCCGUUGAAAAUCUGGAGAAUUUUGGUAUGGCUCGUGUUAGAAACGCUUUAGGUGAAUAUGAAUCUACGGCAACGCAUCCGAGAGAAUCAGCGGAUACAAGUACCGUGGUCGACCCUACAGAAGAAACCGGAGAAUCGAGAGAACCAGAGGAUGCUGAACCUGGAAGUGAAACCGUCAGGAUGCAAACUGAUCCGACAGAAGAAGCAGCAGUUGAUGCUUCCGAGAGUCAACCUGCAAACGAAACCGUCAAGUUGGAAAGGGAUGAUGCUGAAGGACAAGCAACAGUUGAUGAUUCCAAUAUUCAACUUGGAAAUGAGAGUCCGAUAGAACCGAGUACUGAAGCACUAGAGACUGCAGAGGAGGAACUCGUGGAUGCAUCAGAGGAAGAGGAAGAGAACGUUAAUGCUCAGGCCGAGGAUGAUGCUGGUAUAAAGAUUGCUGAUAAAGACGAUGAAGCUGGUGAGGCUGCAGAUGAUGAUGCUGGUAGAAAGGAUGAUGAGGCUGCUGAUGCUCUUAAGGGCGAUGAUGAUGUUGAGAAUAAAGAGGCUGAAGAGGAUGUUGGUAAGGAGGAUGAGGCUGCUAGUAAGGAGGUUGAUGGUAUAACAGCUGAUGAUGAUUCUGAUGAUGGUGAAGAUCAGCCACUGCCGCCAGAGAAGAUGUUUUUAGAUAGUUCAGAAUACACCAAAGGGUGGAAAAUAGGAACUAGGUGUAAGGUCACUAAGACAGUUCAGUGGAUAGAGAAAGACAUUAAAGAAGAAGCUCCUUGGUUCAGAGGAAUACCCGGAGAACCAUGAGAAAUUAGGGGAUGAGAAGUUUGUGAAGAGAAUCUUCAAAAGGACUGAGAAGAUAAAGAUGUCUGAUGUAUUAGCUAAGUUAAAGCAAAAGAAGAGUUGGAAAGGACCCGAUAAGAAGAAGUUACUAGUCUUAUAUUUCCUAUGCAAAGUAAUAAAAGCAAGCUCAAAAA